UAUAAACAGAAUAUCUAAACAAAUUGAAAAUACAAAAUCUUACAAAUUAUUAGGGGUGCUUGCGGUUUGGCGAUUCAGUUGCGGCCAAAGGAAUUUCAAAUCCGCUAGCUGCCAAAAUUAGGCGGAUUUGAAAGAAUCAAUCCACAACCAUCAGCUCAGCAUCACGCAUCCGUCCAAAAUGCAGCGUGUCGGUUCGGUUCGGUUCUGUCGGUUUGGGCGAAUCGGAAUAUCCAUUGCUCACCCCUAAACCCAGCUGUUAAGGAGAGGGAAAUUGGAGCUUUAUAACUAGCACCAAUGAGGCAACUCUAGGUGAUGUGGGACGCAUUUCAACACACCCUUCUGGACCACAACAUACAGUAGCCGGACAAACGGCACACAAGUCACAGACCCAACCAAGCUCUGAUACUAAAUUGAAAAGUCCAGGCCACACUUCUCCUUAAAACCCAGCUAUUAAGGAGAGAAAUCGGAGCCUUAUGACCAGCACGUGUGGCGCAACUUCAAGCAAUGUGGGACACAUUCAACAGCCUGUGUACUUAUUUGCGUCAAAUAAUCGUUCUUUGUAUUUCAUUUCCUGACUGACAUGUUCAAAUAUUUAAGUUUAUGGGUUUAUAAAAAUUGCGGAAACAUAAUCCAUUUUGGGAUAGUAGUUCAGAAUAAUUUUCUAUCAGUUUUAUGCCUUUUUGGUUAUGUGAAGUUAAGUGUCUAGUAAAUCAACAAUGAAUAAUUAAUUAGGAACCUAGGAAGAGGAGAGAAUAUAAAUAUUAUUUCUGAAAGAGAGCUUUUUUCACAAUCGUUUUAAAUAAGUUGGUGUUUUACAAUUUUGGAAAUAAAUUGGUAAAAGGUUGUGGAAAUUACAUAGUUAAACAGGUGCAAAUUUUUUUGAAGCCAAGUUAUCUGAUUGAUAGUUCACCGUGACUUUUAUUAAAUUAUUUUGGUAAAUUCUACAAAAUAGAACAAUCCAAGGCAGGGAUUCAAGUUUCAUUGAGUAGGAAAAUCAAAAUAGAACAAGAAACACACUGAAAUUUCAGUAAAAGAUCUUUAUAAUGAACUCUAGUUUUAAGCAUUCCAAUCCAUGUAAAAAUAAAUUAUAUGUAUACAUGUAAAUAUGGAACAACAAUGUGUGCAUGCAUUGAGUCUAGUAGCUCACUGUAUUUGGGCAUAUUUGGAUGUUGGAGUAAGGGCUCUGAUCAGGGAUCUAUCUUGCUCUUUUCUUUUCUUUUUUCGCCUGUGUUUUGUGACUUUUCUAUUAUCAUCAUCCUUAUACUUGUUCAGUCGAGUGUCUGGUGUAGGACUGUGAUCAAUAGACUCUGUUCAAAUUCCCAUUUGGCUGGGAUGUGAGAAUAUAUUCUUUCAUUCUAUUCUUAAUAGAUGAUGUUUUACUGAUUUCUUCCUCUUCUAUUCAAGGACAAUGGAUAGGAAUGAUGAUGACCUGGUUAGUUCUCAUGACGAUGAUAUGGAUAUCAGAUGCCAAACAUCCAAUAACUUGGACUUGAAUAUAGAGCACGACUGUUGCAGCCCAAAAGUUGCCCAUGUUGGCUCAGUGCAGUCCACUCUUUCUUCAAAAGAUGAUUCUAAUUCAGAUGGGGUACUUAAGAUUGGUAUGGAGUUUGAAUCAGAUGAGUAUGCAUACAAGUUUUACUGCAAAUAUGCUGGAUUGGUAGGUUUCAGUGUUCGAAAGGACUGGGUCAAUAGGAGUAAGGUACAUGGUAGGGUGGUAUCUAGAAAGUUUACCUGUUCCAAAGAAGGUUAUCGGCGGAAAGACAAACGAGAUGUUAAUGUGAAGAAACACCGGAAAGAAACAAGAACUGGUUGCUUGGCACAUAUGAUAAUAACUCGUCAGCCUGAUGGAAUAUAUCGAAUUACACAUUUUGAAGAAAACCAUAAUCAUGAGAAUGUAAACCCAAGUAAUGCUCAGAACUUACAGGAAUUACCAUCACAGGGGACAAUAGAUGGUGCUGGAGUAACUGAAGCUGACUCCACAAUUAAUCUUGAAAGGCAAUCACAAUUAGCAUUUCAAUUGUUGGGUAGACAAUUUGGUGCUCGAGAAAACCUUGAUUAUCCAGCAAUAGAUUUUGAGAAUUAUUUAAAAUCUGGACGAAUAAGAGAUUUGAAGGAGGGAGAGGCAGGGCGUUUGUUGUAUUAUUUUCAAAGGCAACACUUUGAAAAUCCUUCUUUCUUUUAUGCCAUACAGCUUGAUGUAGAUGAUAAGAUAAGCAAUAUUUUUUGGGCUGAUGAUAAUAUGGUUGUGGACUAUGAUCAUUUUGGCAAUGUGGUUUGUUUGGACACAACAUACAGAACACAGAAAGAUUUUCGGCCGCUUGUGCAGUUCUUAGGACUGAAUCAUCAUAGACAAGUGGUGAUAUUUGGUGCUGCACUUAUGUAUGAUGAAACUAUUGAUUCUCUUAAGUGGCUUUUCCAAACUUUCAUCGAGGCAAUGUCCAGGAAGAAGCCAGAAGCCAUCCUCACAGAUCAAGAUGCAACAAUAAUCCAAGCAAUUGAUUCAGAAAUACCAGAAACAAACCACCGUGUUUGCAUAUGGCAGAUGUACCAAAAUGCUCUUAAACACCUGAGCCAUGUGACAAAGGAUGCAGAUUCCUUUGCCAAAGUUUUGAGGAGUUGCAUUUUUGAUCACGAGGAUGAGGAGGAUUUCAUCCAUGCCUGGGAUGAUAUGGUAGACAAAUUUACUCUUCGGCAAAAUGAGUGGUUGCGAUGGAUGUUUAGAGAAAAAGAGAAUUGGGCUGUGGUAUAUGGCAAAAAUAGCUUUUUUAUUGAUGUGAAAAGCACACAUCUAGUGGAGAAUUUUUCAAAUAACUUGAAAAAUUACCUAAACUCUGACCUAGAUGUGCUUCAGUUCUUCACACAUUUUGAAAGUAUGGUAAACAAGCAACGCUACAAUGAACUCGAAGCUAAUUAUGACAUGGGCAGAUGUACUCCAAGAUUGAUGGCUAAUGUAGUUUUGUUAAAGCAUGCCAGUGAUCUUUAUACACCAAAGGCAUUUGAAGUAUUCCAGCGAGAAUACGAGAAGUGUCUAAAUAUCGUUGUCAACCUGUUCAGUGAGAAUGGGUCGUUGUUUGAGUACAAAGCUAACACAUACGGGCAACCUAGAGAGUAUACAGUUACAUUUAACUCUUCGGAUGGUACAGUCACUUGCGGUUGUAUGAAGUUUGAGUAUGUUGGGAUUCUAUGUUGUCAUGCCCUAAAAGUGCUUGAUCAUCGGAAUAUAAAGGUGGUCCCUACCUGUUAUAUUUUGAAGAGAUGGACAAGAGAUGCAAGGGUUGAAAGUUUCAGAGAGUGUGCGAUCUCCGUAGAAGAAGAAAGCCCCAAGUCCAUUACAGCUAGCAGUGUCGCAGCCGCUUCACGAAUCGACUAA